UUAUGCAAAAAAUUCAAAACUUUAUAGAAAAAAACAAAGCAGCUGUUGCCAUUGCAGCUGUUGCUGCUGCUAUUGGUAUUGUUGGUAUAAAAGUAUUGAAUUCAGAUAAUAGAGGGAGUGGUAAUAGUUUUUUGAUUUAUUAGCUAAGAUCUUGGAUGCAAGUAUAUAGAAAGUUCCCUUAAUUGAGAGACUGGGAGGAGAGUAAGCAAUUUAACCUAUGAUUUCAUUAUUAUUCGAUCGUAUUUCUAAUAAUAAAGAUUUAAAGUCCCUUUUCUAGAAUGUUGAAAAGAGUGUAUAUUAUUUUGAUAUAAUUAUUUAGAAAGUUUCAUAGCAUUUUAAUGCUGUAGUUUUAUAAUUAUUUGGAGGAAAACCAGCAGCGUAAUAAAAUUAUUAAGAUCAUUGCAAACUAAAUAUCACAGAAGCUCAAUUUAACACAAUUCUGAAUCUUUUAGAUCAAACUCUUAAAAUGUUGGGAGUGGAUGACAGAGAAAUCAAUGAUGCACGAGAAGCAUUUUUAAGCAAGAAAUAAUAAAUUGUUAGUCCAAAUCAAGGUGCUUGAUACAUUUAAAAUCAAU